AUGAAUUUUAAGGCGCGAAAGAGGAAAUGCAAUAAUUUUUCGGAAUGUGACAGCAGUGUGCCUAACCGCCUGUGGCAUUGGGGGGAGAGGGACUCUCUUUUUUCCUUCACUUCUCCUAUCUCCAUCCUUUACAGCAAUGUGCCUGACCACCUGUUAGGGCUUCUAUCUCCCACUCGGCCACUCCAUAGUCCACACAAAGUCACGAUUCACGACUCACGAACCUUAACAAAUAGAAAUCUCUAUGAGGCUGUGACUCUGUAUCUGAAUAUCUCUAUCUCGCAUUCACGAUUCAAUCAUCCUUUGCAGACUCUGUAUCUGAGUAUCUCUCUCUCGGUCUCGGCUUUGUAUCUGAGUAUCUGCGAGCGAGACUGUGACUCUGUAUUUGAGUAUCUCUCUCGGUCUCAGGCUUCAUCUCCUUCAACUCCAUCAUUCUCUCGAUCUCGGCUCGGAUCAGCGUUAAUUUCCCUUUGCCUCAGAUCAGCGUUCAUCUCCUUUCAUUUUCUCAAGUCCAGUUCGUCUGAGCUCAGGCUUCAUCUCUCUUCUCAAAUAAGGGCAACUCAUAGAUGCAAGAUGUCUAGCUCCCGUGAAGGUGAAGGACAAACAAUUACUCCAAACAGCCAAACACUAACUCCAUCUUUAACAUCUAAUACUGAAGUGAGUUCAAGAAAAAGGAAGGCCAUACAGCCAAGGUCUGAAGUUUGGGAGCAUUUUCACAAAUAUGUUAAUGAGCAUGGAGAAACCAAAGAAUCUACGUUCAGCACUGGAGGACGUGUUUUGGAUGCAUUUAGGAGUUCUUUAACUCCUAAAGUUGUGCAAGCCCUUAUCUGUGCUAAAAAUUGGCUUCGUCACUCCAUUCCUGUGGUUGUGGAAGAGAAAUUAGAUGAUAUUCAAAGGAUUGAAAGAGAUUUUCAAAGAAUUGGAUUAGAAUCAACAGUGGAUAUAGUUUAAACUCUUUAAGGUAACUCUUCAUUAUUGCUGUCCAUGGAAAUUAGUUCAUGUAGUUGUGAUAUUUGUUUUAUUGUUGCUUUUUGUAGUUUUCUAACUUCUGGUGCCUGAUGGACUGUUGGUUCUGUUGCUGUAUUAUUCUAGUCUUUUUGGUGGCUGGAGCAAAGAUUUUGUGUCAUUGACAGCUAACAACUUGUGAUGAUCUAAUGGAUUAGUUAUUUUAGAUUAUAUUAAAACUCUUGAACUUAUUUGUAAUUUUUUAAGGGAUUAUUGUUAUUAUUUGGUGGAUUAUUUUGGAUUGUUAAGAAUUUAUAUUAGGUAAAUUAUCAAUUUAUAAAUUAUGUGU